AUGUCCGUCUCUAAAGGCGUAGCCCUCGUCACAGGAGCAAGUAGGGGCAUUGGACGCGCCAUCGCCCUCCGUCUCGCCAGCGACGGCUACUCGUUAGCUGUCAACGAUAUCCCUUCCAAUCUCCACGCUCUCAACUCUCUGAAAGCUGAGAUUGAAGGCAUCAAGUACAACGGCCGGAAUUUGAAGGCGACGAGUGUAAUAGCAGACAUGAGAGAGGAGGAACAGGUAAAGGAGAUGGUUGAAAAGACCGUCAAGGAUUUGGGAGCAGUCGAUGUGAUGGUAGCGAAUGCAGGAAUACUCCAAACUACAACUCCGAUGGUCGAUACGUCGUCCAAGGACUUUGACCAGACACUUGCGGUCAACAUCCGAGGCGUAUUCCUGUGCUACAAAUACGCCGCGAAGCAGAUGAUCGCCCAACACCAGCAAAGAGGAGCCCCAGGGGGAAAUAUCAUCGGUGCUGCCUCCGUCACGUCAAAACAAGCAUGGGCCGGCGCGUCAGCCUACUCGACGAGUAAAUGGGCGGUAAGAGGGCUGACCCAGGCUUCAGCGCUAGAACUCGCUCCCUAUGGAAUCCGAGUGAAUGCGUACGCACCUGGUUUAAUUGAAACCAAAAUGGUAGAGGACUAUGCGAUCGUCAAAAAAAUAGGCUACAGCGAGUUUGUCGCCGAGCGAUCACAAGGCAUUCCCCUCAGACGCUUGGGUACACCAGGCGACGUCGCCGACUUGGUUUCUUUCCUUGUUUCUGACAGAGCUUCGUAUAUUACGGGUCAAUCGGUAUCCGUCAACGGAGGGACUUUCUUCGAUUAA